GGCAGGAAUGCGUUUUCCACCGCAGCCGAGGAGCCCUCAGACUUGCGGUGACAAGCACACAGCCGAUUGCAUCACAUCCGACUGAGUCUCAGGGUGUGUUUGUGUGUGUGAGAGGGCCCUUUUUUUUUUUUUUUUUUUUCUUUCGUCCUUUUGAAUAUGUUAAGGCAGAGCAGGAAGUGUGAUGCUGUGACAGUAGAGAAGGAAGUGGUGACACAAUGGCACCAUGUUUGCUUGUGGGACUGGUAACAUGAGAGGGCCUCGGAUGAAGACCCCCCUGCUGCUGCUGCUGCUGCUGCUGACCACUCUGACUGGGACAGCACCCCAGUCUGUUCCCAACGCCACUGUAGAACCGGACUACAACCUCGAAGAGCCCCAUGAAAAUACCAACGCAGAAGAUACUGGCUUAGGAAGCCUUGCCUCCGUUAAUGAGAGCCUCGAACCAACAGAGGGCCUCAAUGUCACGGGUCGAGCCGCUGUACCGGGGAAGGAGGAGGAGGAGGAGGAGGAGGAGGAGAACAAGGAGGACGAGGAGGGUUUGAGUCCCAUCAUCAUCCUGAUCCCUGUGGUGCUGGCUGUCAUUAUCAUCAGCACCGUUUGUGGUAUUUUCAUCAGCCGCAGGUGGAAUCAAAAAGGGAGGAGUCAAGAGCUGAGAAAAGAGGAUCCAUAUUUGGAUGGGUCCAGCACAGAGAAGGUGCCAAUGCCCAUGUUUGAAGAAGACGUGCCCUCUGUGCUUGAGCUGGACAUGGAAGAGUUGGACCAAUGGAUGAAAAAGGAUUGUGACCCCUCAGACGACUCCAAACUUGCAUGAAUCUGUUUGUGGUCAACAGAGGAAGCUCUCCAACACACAAUCAACGACAACUUGGUUUUUCUGACCUUCUCCAGUAUAAUUGAUGUGACGACCAGGGAACAGCAUCACAACACUUAAUAGACACUAGCAAACAAGAAAUCAUUAUUGCAACCCAUUCUCCCAGAAAGUAUUUAGUGGACAACAAUUGCAGUUACGGAUGUUAGAAAGUGGCUCUUUGAUCAGUGGCUUUCAUGUAUCGUUGUAUAUAUCGUUUGCUUUUGUCUAAAGCUACUGAAAAUAAGUGCAAGGAUCAAGCUGUUACAUUCACUUAAAAUGCUCGUGUUGCAUUUAGAGAAAAUAAAUAAAAUAGAAUAUUUGUAUUUUAUUGGCCACAAUGAAGUCCUGAAGAGAAGAGAUUUCACUCGACGUUGGUCCUGCUUUCAUUGUAUGUCAAACCGUUGAGAAGUCACCGGUUGUGAUCCACGAAAAUGUGCCGUAUUUUCCUGUGGAAAUCAAUCAGACGUGGUGAAAAGGAUUAAACUUAAAGAAAUCCCAGCGCUUCCCUUAUCUGCCGUUAAAGGAGCACGUGGUCGCCUUAAAGCGCGUUGGGCCGACACUCCUCUCGCCUUCACCACAAAAAACGACCGCUGGUAGUUUCCGCUGAUGGCUUCUCUUUCAGUUCAAAGCCUCUUUGUUGUAUUACACUGUGUGACUCCCUCCAGCUGCAGGUUUUAAUGGGGAAAUAUCCUGUUGAAGAUUGCAGGCAUGCAUGACAGAGAAGGCCACUCCUUUUCAUGGCUGUGCUGAGCCGGUUAGGAAUUCUGGAGUGUGUUUUGCAUGAAAUUGUGUGAAAAAAGGUGUGGAGGCAAGAUGCACUCAUUUCUGAGUCUUUUCAUGAAUUAUUACCCCGAUGCUGAGGCAGCUUUCAGAAUCACCGUAGAGUAGAUAAUAACUGACUGAUUACUGUUUUUGUUUUCUGUUUCUGUUAGUCAGUAUUUUGUCAGUAUCUUGCACAAUUGAGAAUGCAGUAUGAUCAAUAUGAGGAUACAGCAUGCCAAAGGAUAUACUUUUCGAUGAAUGCCUUUUGUAAAUAUUUCAUACGAGGCGUUUGUCUUCUUGUUCUGCUGAUAAAGCUUUAAACAAAAUUUCAGCAAAUAAAAUCUCUUGAUAAUCAAAAUC